AUGAAUGGGGUUACUGAAGAUGCAAUUAGACUCCGCCUAUUCUCAUUCUCUUUAAGGGAUAAAGCAAAGGCUUGGUUCCAAUCACUAUCGUAUGACUCAAUUACAACUUGGGAUGAUUUGACUCAGAAAUUCCUCACCAAGUACUUUCCACCUUCUAAAUCAGCUCAACUUCGCGGUGAAAUAAGCCAAUUCAGACAACUCGAUUUCGAGCCAUUCUAUGAAGUCUGGGAAAGAUUUAAAGACUUGCUUAGGAGAUGUCCUCAACAUGGGUUCCAGAAAUGGGUACAAAUUGAGAUAUUUUAUAAUGGGCUAAACGGGCAGACAAGGACUAUGGUAGAUGCAGCUGCGGGAGGCAUUUUAAUGGCUAAAACAGCAGAGGCUGCAUAUGCUUUAUUGGAUGACAUAGCCACGAACAGUUACCAAUGGCCAAGUGAGAGAUCGGGUGUAAAGAAAGUAGCGGGACUUCAUGAAGUGGAUCCCAUCACCGCACUAGCAGCUCAGGUUGCAUCACUCACAAAUCAGAUAGUCACGCUUACCACUCAAGGAAAUCAACAGAAGGUAGAUUCAGUCAUGAGUACUUCUUCUUCACACCAAGAGACAGAGGUUGCAAAUGAGCAGGCCCAAUAUGUCGACAGUAGAAACUACAAUCAAAGAGGAAGCUACCAAGCUAAUCACUAUCAUCCAGGGCUGAGGAAUCACGAGAACUUGUCAUAUGGCAACAAUAGAAACACACUUCAACCUCCACCCGGAUUCAACACUCAGAAUUCUGAUGGGAAACCGCCAUUGGAAGACAUCCUUGGAACGUUCAUUUCUGAGACAAGAUCACGCUUCAACAAAAAUGAACUACGGUUGGAUAAUAUUGAAACACAUGUGUCCAACAUGGGAGCCACAAUGAAGAAUCUAGAAGUGCAAAUUGGCCAAUUGGCUACCUCAAUGAAGUCUCAGCAAAAAGGAAAAUUUUCCAGUGAUAUUGAGGUUAACCCACGGGAACACUGCAAUGCGAUCACCCUAAGGAGUGGUAAAAUGGUUGAAGAAAGCAAACUUAAGAAAAUUGUGGUGCCUACAUCGGAUGUCAUAGUUACAGAGGAAAGGCAGAGUGAAAGGCAGAAAACUGAGGCAGAGGGUACAAAGAUCUAUAAGCCUUACUCGAUCUCAUUUCCAGACAACCCACCAAUCUUGAAGCCCCCACUACCAUUCCCGCAGAGGUUCAUGAAGAAGAAAUUUGAUGACUAA